AUGAAAAAUAUUAUUAUUUUUUUCAUUUUUUCAAUUUUAUUAAUUGCAACAAAUUCAGAAUCAUGUGGUAAAAGAUCAUAUCAUUGGGAAUAUCAAAAUUGGGGUGAAUGCUCUGGUGAGUGUGGUGUUCAAUAUAGAAGAGUAGAUUGUGUUUCAUGUGAUGGAACCGUAUCAGAUAGUUCAUUGUGUUCAAAUAUACCAAAAGAAAAGGAUAGCCAACCAUGCAAUCUAAUUUUUACAUGGGAAACUUCUGAAUGGAGAAACGUUGGUGGUUGUAGAAGAGGUGGUAAAUUUAGAACAGGACCAAGAAGAUGCAAAUUUAAAAGAGAUAUUUACUGUAAAAAGUGUGGAGUUAAUGCACCAAUAUAUGAAUGUGAAGGUUUUGCUGGAGAAAAACCAUCCAUUGAUAAGCGAGAUCGAGUAUAA